AGCGUAGAAGAAGAAGAAUGCUCGCCGCUGCAGAGGAGCCUCCUUGUGUCCUUGUUGUCGUAACUUGUGCUUUAACCUCUGCGCCCCUUGUCUGUCUUUCUUUGGUGAUUACAGACCCUGCGGAUAAACCUCUUCCUCGGUUCAUCUUGUGCCUACAUUAGGAUUUCAUAUUAAAAGAAGCCAUGUUUCGGAGGAGAAUGCCCUUCACACAGAUCGCCUUAGCCACAGUGCUUGGAGUCGCUGGUGGUAUUUAUAUUUACAGACCUUAUUUUGAACCGGUGCUGAAGCCCUCAGGUCAACAAAACCUGGAUGUCCCGAAGAAAAAAAAUGAAACAGACUGAAAUGAUUAAUCACUCCCAGGAAAUGCUUCACCUAGAGAAGACAGAAGAAUACAUCCGUGGCUGCUGGACUAUCGGAACUGAAGGUCAUACCAAAGACCUGCAUGGAUUAAUUCAUUCUACUUUGGGGUUCUUUCUAUGAUUGUUAAUGUAAAAAAUAAAGUAUUUGAUAAUUUAACAUCCUUCAUUAUCAUCUGUAUCAAAAGUACAUGUGUCAAAGUUUCAGUAUACAUCUCUGUUUUCAUUUUCAAAGCUUACAAAGGGUGAUAGUUUUAAACACAUCUUUUUUUACUACUUUAAUGCUGUAUGCAAAAUGUAAUUUAUUGAAUAUUAGUUACAUGUUGUGGCAUAUUGACUUUGCGAUCCUAAGUAUGUCAUCAGACCUGACUAAAGGUAUGUGAAGUGGCGCCUAGAGUCUGAUUACCAUUUAUACUAUCAUGUUUGUACAAGUGCCAAAACCUGGAAGUACUUCAGACAUGGGCUCCUUUGACAGAUUCACAGUGCAUUUUUUUCCAACAGGAAUAAAAGAGGUCUGUGGUCCUUAUUAGCUGGAAAAUGGUCACUGUUUUAUUCUACAACAUGAAAUACAUUUAUUUCUGAGAAAAGUGAAUCAAUACAGUAUAUUUUUAUUACAAAUCCAUUUCAUCUGGCAGAGUUGAUAUAAGUAUUAACAAACCUAACUUAAAUUCAAGUAUCACUGCAACUAUGAAGUUCUUGUGCAAAUGUAGCCUACUUAGGUAGAUCUCAUUCAACUACUUUGACGAAUCUAAAAUAUAAAACAUAUUCUGGUUUGUUGAGCAUUUGUUUGUUUACCACAUAAUUCGAUAUGUGUUCCUUCAUAGUUUGGAUGUCUUCAAGAAUUAUUUACAAUGUAG